AUGUCAGAAAGCACUGCUGAAACCAACAAGUCAGCUCUGGCUGAAACCACCAGCCAGUCAGGUGUUAUCAGGCAGUUAUCUAGGCAGCGGGUCGCGGCAAGUGGCGCCCAACGUGGGGCACAGUCGAAGGUCCCUUGUAUCAAGGGAACUCCUGUGACUCCACUUGGGAUCAGGCAGCUUCAGGAGGGAAGACUGCUCCGCCGACCCUCCCUCGUGCAGCCGACGGCUACAGACUGCUACAGUCGUGUGGGUCGCGCACCGGACAGACGCCUCAAGGAUUUUGUCAUCGAGCAUGGCCACCCGCUCGAUAAAAAAUCGGCCAAAGCAUUAGCGAGGUGGCUGGACCGCCAGGGCUGUGCCAUAAAUGAUAAUAUCUCGAUGGACAAAUGGCAAGCCCUAGGAUAUAAUCUGUGGCGGGACUCCGAACGAGGCAACAAAUUGGCCAAGCAAGCGUUAAUCGCUUGGAGGCUCGUUCUGAUGGUGCUACAGCACCAAAUGAUGAACGCGAACACCAGCCUCACAAAGGACACACUCAAGGACACUAAAACCGAUAUGGACAAUGAGGGCACACAAAAUGGCGGGACGGAGACGGACACUGACACCACUCAACAAGAUGGCGGGAGGGAGCGUGGAAGAAGGUCGCGUCGAUUGCGAAAUGGCGUCGAGGAGGGACCACAGCGUCGCCCAGAGGAAAGGGGGGAGGGUGAAGAGCGCGAAAAACCAGCGCGGGAAAAGAAAAGGCGGGCCCCCGUAGCUCCACCCCGCGGGCCGCCUCCCUCUCCUCCCACUCGUGGCGCGAGAAGUCCCUCCCCCGACGCGCCUUCGGACACGCCCACUUCCGUCACCCCAGUCUCCUCCCCGGACGUGUCGCCCUUACGGCACCGGCAGGAAGCAGGGGGCGGGGCAAGGGCAAAGGCCAAGCCUUCCUUCCGGGAAGAUGGCCGCGCCCGUAGGCCCCAUAACACCAGGGCCUACCCCGCCCACCGGGAACCGGACAAUGACUAUGGGUGGGCACCGCGUUCCCCGGAAAGGCAACCCUCCGUACCUGACAUCUGGGAGGCCUUCCGGGAGGAAGCUGCGCGGGCCCAGGAUGUAGAAUUCCUAAGGGCAUUUCCGGUUUACUAUGAGGAGGGGAAACCCCCCGAGUGGAGACCAGUGUCCUACCCAAUGCUAAAGGAUAUAAAAAAGGCAAUCGUAGAGUACGGGUUAGGGGCCCCAUUUACCAUCGGCCUCUUGGAAUCCUUCUUCCUUGCCUAUACCUUAAUCCCCUAUGACAUUCGGGCAGUCAUAGGAGGGCUUUUCACCACCGUUCAGGCCUCGGUUUUCGAGGCUGAAUGGAAAAAACGUAUCGUUGCCUUUGUCAACGACAAAAUGGAAAGAAGGGGGAUUCCAACAAGGCAGGCCAUCGACAUGCUUUAUGGGGAGGGGAACUACACCAGCAGAGGGGAUCAGACUAGAUUAGACCCCAAAUUGUUGAAUACUACAAAAGAAUUGGCUUUAGAGGCAGUGAAAAGAGUGGCAGAUGCCUACGUGCAGGCGCCCUCUUUUACACUAAUCAAUCAGGGAAUCAAAGAGCCUUUCGUAGAUUUUAUUACGAGGCUCAAAGAAGCGAUCGCUCGGCAAGUCCACCAAAAAGAAUCCCAGGAAAUUCUAUUUAAUAAAUUAGUGAUUGAAAAAGCAAAUGAGGACUGCCAGAGGGUUUUAAAAAUGCUAAAAGAUCCAACUCUGCUGGAAAUGAUUGAGGCUUGCAAGAACGUGGGUUCCAAUGCCCAUAAAGCAAGGAUCAUGGCUGCUGCAUUUUCGGGGCCCCAACACUGUUUUGAGUGUGGGGAAAAGGGUCAUUUUCGUAAACACUGCCCAAAAUCUAGAUCGGAGCCUAACCUGCCAAACACACUCUGCCGCAGGUGUGGGAAGGGGCGCCACUGGACCUCCAACUGUAGGUCCAAGACAAACAUCAACGGCGAACCCCUUUCCCCAAAACAAUCCCCACGGCUCCGAAAGCGCGUAACGUUUUCAUCAAUGCCUGAUUUAAGACAGUGUCCUUGCGAGCAGUCGGGAAACGGGGAGCUGAGCGCCCGGGGGGGCGCGAUGACACAAGUUGCCCCCCACUCCAUCUUGCGCCAGUCACGCCCAGCUACCCCCUGGAGGACCGCUUCCCCGUGGCGAAGAUGGUCUCCACCGAAGACCUGCUCCGAAGAAACCGCAGCGGGUCAAGGUGGAGGGCCUACUCGACACGGGGGCGGAUGUCACUAUCAUUGCCUCCAGGGACUGGCCGCACGCGUGGCCAGCACAAACGGCAUAUGUCCAAGUGAGCGGCGUGGGGGGAACACAGUACCCCGUCAGGAGUCGGGAAGUUCUAACUAUCUACGGGCCGGAGGGCAGACCAGCGUCCCUUCAACCGUAUGUAUUAAACAUACCUAUCACGUUGUGGGGACGGGACGCAAUGGAGCAGUGGGAGCUCAAAUUGGGCACCCUGACUCCAGAGGAAAAUUUUUAGGUGGGGUCACUGAAGUGAAGCAGCUCCCCAGACUGAGCUGGAAGACCGACACGCCAGUCUGGGUUGAUCAGUGGCCCCUACCAACAAAAAAGCUGCAAAUUCUCAAUAAUUUGGUCAAUCAGGAACUAGAAAAAGGGCACUUGGAGUCUUCCACCAGUCCCUGGAACACUCCAGUGUUCGUGAUCCAAAAAUCCUCAGGUUCCUGGAGAUUUCUCCAGGACCUGCGCAAAGUUAAUGAAGUCCUAGAGCCAAUGGGAGCCCUCCAGCAGGGGAUGCCUUCACCAUCCAUGCUCCCUGCUGAAUGGCCCCUAGUGGUGAUUGAUAUAAAGGACUGCUUCUUUCAUAUAUUCCUCAAUCCGGCUGAUUCGGCUCGAUUCGCCUUCUCUGUCCCUGCAAUCAACUCUUGUGAACCUCACCGCAGGUUCCAGUGGCGUGUGCUUCCCCAGGGGAUGAAAAAUUCCCCAACACUCUGCCAGAUGUUUGUGGCAGAGGUGUUGAGGCCAAUUCGGUCGCAAUAUCCGCAGUCAAUCAUCUUCCAUUAUAUGGAUGAUGUAUUGAUCUGCGCAAAAACUCAAUUGGCAGUUGAUGAGACACUAAAUUCUACAAUCUCGGCCCUAAAAAAUAAAGGAUUGGAGAUCUCCCCUGAAAAAGUGCAGAGGGAAGCACCAUGGAGGUACCUCGGACUCCAAAUCAAUGCAAAAAAUAUCAGACCUCAAUCGGUAACAAUUGAUAAGAAUGUCCGAACUUUGAACGACCUCCAAAAGCUACUGGGUGCGAUCAAUUGGAUCCGACCUGUGUUGGGGAUCACAACAGGAGAUUUGCACCCCCUAUUUGAGCUGCUAAGAGGAGACGCUGACCUGUCCUCCCCCCGUCGUUUAACAUCAGAUGCCAUCAAAUCCCUUACCGCUGUUGAAAAGAAAAUUUCCGAGAGACAGGCAUGUAGGAGGAUGGAGGGACUGCCAUCCUCCUUAGUGGUGAUAAAAGAACAGAGACAACCAUUGGCCCUUCUGGGUCAAUUUACGAGUGACCACCGAGACUUUUGCUUGUGGGAGUGGAUGUUCCUCCCUCAUCAAUUCGGAAAAACCAUCACCACUAUAAUUGAAAUGAUUGGAAAGAUAAUAUUUAAAGGUCGCACUAGGUGUUUAGAACUUAGUGGGGAAGAACCAAAUUUCAUCUAUCUCCCGCUAACUUCUGAACACCUAGAUCAACUGCUGCAGACCUCCAUCGAUUUUCAGAUAGCCAUCGGGGGUUACCCGGGAGAAAUUCGGCUACAUCUCCCGGCGUGCCCAUUUAUACAAAGACUAGUUCACAUUCCAAUCCGACUCAAAAUUAUGCAAUCCGAGACUCCAAUUCCAAAUGCAAAAACAAUUUUUACCGAUGGCUCGGGGAGAACCGGGAACGCGGUAAUAGUGUGGAAACAAAAUGACGAUUGGCACCAGGAUAUCCACAAAGUUCAAGGUUCUCCUCAGAUCGUGGAACUCUCGGCAGUUGUACGCGCCUUUCAAAUUUUUAGUGGUGAGCCAAUUAACAUCGUUUCUGAUUCGGCAUAUGUAGUGGGUGUGGUAAGGAGAAUUGAAAACUCCUAUUUAAAAGAUGUCACUAAUCAGAAUUUAUUUCAAUUACUAACUAAAUUGUUGUUUCUGAUAGAAAGACGAGAAUUCGGUUAUUACAUCGUCCACACCCGCUCGCACACCACUCUACCUGGUCCUGUGGCGGAGGGGAACCAGCUUGCAGAUCAUCUAGCAGGUAUGGUUGUAACCCCCAAUUUAUACCAACAGGCGAAACUCUCACAUGAGUUUUUUCACCAGAAUGCGCGGUCACUACAAAAACAAUUUGGCCUUAAAUUAUCACAGGCAAAAGAAAUUUUAAAGGCUUGCGCUGACUGCCAAACGCUUACACCUGUUGUCCCAGAGGGGACAAACCCAAGAGGUUUGUCGCCCCUGGAAAUCUGGCAGUCAGACGUGACCCAUGUGGCCGAAUUCGGAAGACUAAAAUAUGUACAUGUGUCUAUCGACACAUUUUCAAAAAUGAUUGUAGCCACCGCGCAUCCUGGAGAGAAGAGUAGCCAUGUCAAAAAACACUUCCUGUCUGCAUUCGCGAGGAUGGGGGUCCCAAAACAGAUAAAAACAGAUAAUGGGCCCUCCUAUGUGUCUGCAGACACGAAGAGGUUUUUUGAACAGUGGGGGAUACAACAUACCACAGGGAUCCCCCACAACCCCACAGGACAAGGUAUUGUGGAACGUGCACAUCAAAACAUUAAGAACAUGCUUAAAAAACAGAAAGGGGGGAGUAUUGGCCUCUCCCCCCAAGAAAAACUAGAGAAAGUUAUGUAUGUUCUUAACUUUCUCAACAUGAUGGAGGACACAGAAACUCACACAAGCAAAAGUCCUGUGGACCGCCAUUUCAGGACCACGUCAUCGGUCCUGACAGACCAGAAAGCCAAAGUAAUGUACCGGGACCCGCUAACGGAGAAAUGGACGGGCCCUUUCCCCUUAAUAACCUGGGAAAAGGGCUACGCUUGUAUUGCAGGUCCUGACGGACCAAAGUGGGUCCCAGCUCGGCGUAUCAAGAUCUCCCGAGAAUAAACGACAACAAUUCAGAAGAAGACGCUUACGACGCAGAGAAGAACACCAAUGCUGCUGCUGCGUUAUCUCCCGUGGAUCCUCCUGGCUGGAUUCAUCCAUCGGACCGCCACCGUCCCGUUACAAGGAUGGAUGAACCAGCCGUCUCAAAAUCUAUGGGUAACGCUGGCCAAGGCUACAGGCACUGACACCCUAUGCCUAGCCUUGACCAGCGCAGGUAGCCCCUUCAAGACCUGCCUGGUAGGGAUCCCCAUUUCUCCAUCUGAAUGGCCCGCGUUUGUAUCACAAACGCGGGUCAAGGGAUCCCUGCCACUAAACUCCCCCAACAUGGCACAGGCAAUAUCAGCGCUCCCCUUCGUAGACAUCCCCUUCCAAGAAAUAGAUCUCUUAGGUUCGCUUCCCUCUACCGCUUGCAUUAUUUUUCACCGCUACACCCAACCCAUUCUGUUCACCCCUCUCAACGUUACCGCAUUUAAGCCCAUUUAUAAAGGGACACACUCUCCGUGGUGCAAUGGCUCGGUGGCUACCACCGUACCCACCGAGCACAUCCCACGGAACAUGAGGCUCCCUAAGGGAUUUUUCCUACUGUGUGGAGAUCGGGCAUGGCCAGGGAUUAGAGCCUACCCGGAGGGAGGUCCCUGCACAAUAGGAAAACUUGCCCUAUUUAAUCCGGCUAAAUUCUAUUUCGAAAACCAAUUAGUACAUCCAAAAAUAAGAGCCAAAAGGUCCCUUUCAUACGUAAUAAAUGGUCCCCUCCAGUUUCUUGGAACAAAUCCCGCAAUGUUCAAACCCCCAUCUGAACCGAUUCGGAUACAAAAUUCUCUCCCUGCACCUCAUAUGAAUCUUGGAAGGCCUCAGUAUUGGCCAACUCCUCUGCCCUUCCCCGAGGACUGUGAUUCCAACAUUCACAUUUGGUCCAGGGUGAAGAACUUCUGGGCGUCUUUCCCUAUCCCCGGGAUAGGGACAGCGCAUGCCCUCUCUCUCCUAACGCACCUUGGAUGCUGGUUGACCAAGGAGGCGAAUGCAACAACCCAGGCGAUAGAGGGCUUGCUUGAAGACACCCAGAAGUUAAAAGAGGUGUCUUUACAAAAUCGGGCCGCCAUAGAUUUCCUUCUCCUGGCACACGGUCACGGGUGCCAGGAAUUUGAAGGCAUGUGUUGUAUGAAUUUUUCGGACCACUCCGAGUCCAUUCAUCAGAGUAUCAACCAGCUGAGGGGGUUGGUCCAGGAAAUUCAUCAAGACAAAGGAGGCGGCCUCGAUAGCCUCUUUGAUUGGAUCAAGCUGCCAAAUUUCCCCAAUUGGACCCGAAAGCUUAUUAUGUUAUGUAUCCUGUCGCUUUUUGGAUUGGUUUCUGUCUGUGCUGUUUUACCCUGUUUAGUUGUAUGUCUACGAAAGAUGUUGAUGAAGACCUUCGAAGCUAACAUCGCUGCCGCUCAAAGAAAUAAAGAAGGGGGAGAUGUUGGAGGAAAUAAAGAUGAAUGGGAACGAUAUGAAGCUUGGAGGAAAAUAUAUAACCCCUAAAUGGACUCUAAAACACUGGACUUGACCUUUAAUACCGAUAAUGACACUCACUAGAUAUGUCUGUUAUACCCCAGUUGUUCCCCAGUUUAUUGUUAUGAUGUUAUACAGUUUUAUGUACCCCAGUUGUUGUUUUAAAAAAUUGUCCUCCAUGUUGUCCCCUUCUUCUUCCCUCAGUUUUCCCGCCUUUUCCCUGCUU